AUGGAUGAGAAAAAGCUAAAUCACUUUCCAUUAAAAAAAGCUAAUGUUCCUGCUCUGUUUGUGCUGGGACGUCCUGGCACCGACAAGAGUACAUAUAGCACCAAACUCGCAACCACAUUCGAGCUUUCAUACAUUUCUUGUGGUGACCUAAUAAGAAACGAGAUCAAAUUAGGAACCAGUAGAAGUGCCCAACUCCUAAAACCUAUGAAUGAAGGGCAGCUGUGUCCAAAAGAAGCUGUUUUGGAACUGCUCAAGGAGGCGAUUUUGAAGGAGCUUAACAGAGGAGCUGCAGGCUUUGUAAUCGAUGGUUUUCCGCGUGAAAUGAAGCAAGGAGAGCUGUUCGAACACGAAAUCCAGGAAUUCAAAUCCCUCGUAUUCCUAGAUGUUCCAGUGAGUACUGUGACGGAAAAUUUGAAAAAACGUGCGAAUACUCGUGGACGAAUCGAUGACAACGUGAAAACAAUCGAAAAUCGUUUAAUGACCUUCGAUAGAUCCACGAUUCCUGUAAUUGAGCAUUACGAGAAGGAAAAGAAGUUAUUAAGGAUCACAACGACAGGACCAGUGGAGAAGAUAAUAAGAGAUGUAUUAAAGCAACUCGAUAAAUUGUCUGAGAAAAGAUUGGAAGCGUCGACUGUAAAGAGAAAGUCCAUUGAUCUAACUCCACUCAAAAAAGCCGCAGUGCCAAUAUUCUUCAUAGCAGGUGGCCCAGGAUCCGGAAAGGGCACUCAGUGUGAGAAAAUAGUCGCUAAGUAUGGGUUGUCGCACCUGUCGUCCGGCGAUCUUUUAAGAGACGAGGUGAAGUCAGGUUCCCCCAGAGGAGCUUUGCUGAGCAAGAUCAUGGAAGCCGGAGAACUAGUCCCACUUGAAGUAGUGCUCGACCUUAUCAAAGAAGCUAUGCUUAAAGAAGUUGCUAAAGGCUGUAAAGGAUUUCUGGUGGAUGGUUAUCCUCGAGAGGUUAAACAAGGAGAGCAGUUCGAACAGGAAAUACAAGAAGCAAAAUCUGUCAUCUUUUUUGAUGUAACCGAUGAGAUUUUGAUUGAGCGACUUUUGAAGCGAGCAAAGACAAGCGGACGAGUUGACGACAACUUCGAGACAAUCAAAAAGAGAUUAAACACUUUUAGAACAGCUACAAAACCUGUAGUUGACUAUUAUGAAAAGAAAAAGAAGCUUGUUAGAAUUGUGGCAGAAGGGACGAUCGAAGAGAUUUUUGCAAAAGUUGCGAAACAUCUUGAUGAGUGCAUGGGACAGAAGGAACUGGUAGACCUGACUCCCCUCAAAAAAGCCAACGUCCCAAUCUUUUUCAUCGUAGGAGGUCCUGGAUCAGGAAAAGGAACACAGUGUGAGAAAAUUGUAGCUAGGUAUUCCUUGUCACACCUAUCGUCGGGGGAUUUGCUCCGAGAAGAGGUGAAGUCAAGUUCCCCGAGAGGGGCUCAAUUAAACAAAAUUAUGGAGGCAGGAGGACUGGUUCCAUUGGAAGUGGUCCUGAAUCUCGUAAAAGAAGCUAUGCUUAAAGCGGUUGCAAAGGGAACUAAUGGUUUUCUUAUUGACGGCUAUCCGCGUGAAGUAAGCCAAGGAGAACAGUUCGAGAAAGAGAUCUACGAGGCAAAAUCCGUCAUCUUUUUCGAAGUCUCUGAUAAUAUUCUUAUCGAAAGGCUUCUGAAACGUGCCAAAACCAGUGGGCGCGUUGACGACAAUUUGGAGACGGUCAAAAAAAGACUGAACACUUUCAAAUUAGCUACAGCUCCAGUAGUUGAAUACUAUGAAAAGAAGAAGAAAUUAAUAAGGAUACAAGCAAAUGGCUCAAUUGAAGAGGUCUUUGACAUGGUUGUCAAACAUCUGGAUACUGUUAUAGCAACGAAAUAA